AUGCCCAGCGAAUUGAGUCUCAGAGAUGAUUACGUGCCAACUUCUGAUGCAUCGAUAGUUUUCAAACAGCUGAUGAAGCUGCCGAUAACCAUAUUAUACGAUCUCACGCUAUCAUGGUUUGCCAAAUUCGGUGGGUCAUUUGAUGGCGACAUAAAUUUAUUAGCAGAGACGUUGGAUUUGUUGAUCGAGAAGGGUGUGAAGCGUAAGGUCAUAGUAAAUAGGAUAUUAUACGUGUACUGGCCCGAUGGUCUCAAUAUUUUCCAACUAGCGGAAGUAGAUUGCCAUUUAAUGAUAAGUAAGCCGGAUAAGUACAAAUGGAUAUCAUCAAAAGCUUUUCAAGGUAACGGAAAACCUUACGCGAUACAACUUCAGCCCGCAAAGUUUAUGGAGAAUUUACAAACAGAUCUUGCUAAAAUUUAUCAUUGCCACGUCUAUAUGUUCAAACACCCCUCACUACCGGCGUUAAUUACCAGAAUACAGUUAUUUGAUAAUAAUAAUCUAUUUUUGAAUACCUCUAAUAUGGAAAGUAUAAAUAAGGAAUCUCUUUACAGCAAGUUGGACAGAUCGCAAGGCAAAACACUAAUCUCGAGGAGACCAUAUUAUGUUGCAUUUCCGCUGAACUCUCCUGCAAUUUUCCAUUCAGUCGAUAGAGAUAUAUAUGCUAGGCUGAUAUUGCAAAGUAUUAGUCGAACCAUAUCAGAAAGAGAAACAAUCAUCUUCAAACUAAUACAAAAAAUACCGAUGAAAUCAGUACACAAUAUGAUUACUUCAAUCGGCCCUUCAAGAUUCGCGGAGUCUAUAGGUCCGUGGAAGUGCUAUGCUGAUGCCAAUUUUGAACACUCACCACUGCACAAUUAUGAAAGGCACCAAGGACUUACAGGUAAAAAGGUACUGAUACGAGAAUUUGAUGAUUCGUUUUUGAAUGGCGAUGAAAAACUUUACCGAAAAGAAGAACCUGAGGUAAGGCGACUUAGAUUGGAGAAAAACAUGACCAAAUUCAAAGGCUCGCCAAAGGGUAUAAUACACGAGAAAUAUAAUACUUUGAAAGAAUUCAAUGAACGUGUCCACAAUAUUAGGAAUGGGGGAAAGGAAGUAGGUUCUGAUGAAGUAGUGUAUAUUUCCAGAUAUAGUUCCUUGGUUCCCAUCGAGAAAGUAAAUUUCACUUUGAAGAAGGAAACAAAUAAUAAACUGAUUACCGUAAAAUUCAAAUUUAGUGGGAAUGAUGUUUUUGGUGGACUACAUGAGCUCUGUGAUAGAAAUUUAAUAAAUGUUGAUAAAAUGCCUGGCUGGCUGGCUGGCGAAAACGGGUCAUUUUCAGGAACUAUUGCAAAUGGAGAAUUUUUACGGGAGCAGGUUGCUAAAGGUGGUUUAUUGUAG